AUGGACCCCCUGGGUUCUGUGCCUCCACCUUCUCCGUACACUCUCCCCAUCUUCCCCAACUUCUCGGUGCCUUCCUCCUCUCCGUCCAUCUCUCCUUCCCCCAGCUUUGCGUCCACGGCCCUCUUCUGCUCGCUGCUCUCUCUCCUGUCCCUGCUGGGCAUCACGGGGAACCUUUACACCCUGGGCCUCCUGCUGAGGCGCAGGCGAGGCAGGCGGAGGAGCGGCGCCUGCUGCUUCUCCAGAUUCCCUCUGCCGUCCUGCCUUGCCAACUCCCCUUCCCCCACGUCCUCCCCCACCUCCUCCAACUCCACCUCCCUUCACCUCCAGGUGCUGAGCCUGGCUCUGGCCGACCUGCUCUACCUCUUCACGGCCCCCUUCAUCGUGUACGACAGCCUGGCGUCCGGCUGGGCCUUCGGCGAGCUGGGCUGCCGCCUCCUGCUGAGCCUGGACCUCCUCACCAUGCACGCCUCCAUCUUCACCCUCACCGCCAUGAGUCUGGACCGCUACCGGGCUGUGGCCCGCCCCCUGCACACGUCCUCCUCCAACUCGUCGGGCCUGCUGCGGGUGGGCCUGGCCUGGGGGCUCGCCGUGGCUCUCAGCCUCCCCAUGAUGAUCACGCUGCACCUGGAGGACGGCGAGGACCAGGAGGGCCAGCUGUGCGUCCCGGCGUGGGACGAGCAGAGCUCCAAGGCCUACCUGAGCGUGCUGUUCUGCACCAGCAUCCUGGGCCCCGGGCUGGCCAUCGGAGCGCUUUACGCCACCCUGGGCCGGCUUUACUGGGUGUCGCAGACCCGCCCGCCCUGGGCCGGCGGGGGCGGCAGCGCCUGCCCCGCUCGAGCCCCCAGACCCAAAGUCCUGCUCCUCAUCCUGGGCAUCGUCCUGGCCUUUUGGGCCUGCUUCCUGCCUUUCUGGGUCUGGCAGCUGCUGCCUCUCUACCAGCCCGACAUGCUGCGGACGUUGCCGGUGAGCACGCAGGUGACCGUCAACCGCAUCCUGACGGGGCUCACGUAUGGAAACUCCUGCGUGAACCCGUUUUUCUACACACUGUUGACUGGAAAGAGAAAACGUAACCGGCAGGCGCCGACGUCGGCGAAUCCGCUCUGCCGCAAGAGCAGCCCACCGCAGUAG